UGUAGCCGCGCCAUGUGGGCGGAUCGUGUCCAUGCUGAAGCCACUGCCGACGGACAUGGGGAUGGGGGCUGGGUCAUGUGAGUGGAGGCGAGAGCGCACACAGACAGUUCCGCCGUCCGAGGCGGAGUGAGUUGAGUGUGUGUGUAUUUGUGCUUGUGCUUGUGCCUGUGUAAAACAAGGGGAAGCUUUCUUUCAAACGUCUGUACAACGCGCAUCUCGGGAGUUUGUGCACAAUGCUUUGAAAUCGGCUCGUUCGUUUGGGAAAAGUACAGAGAAACAUGUAGCCUAACUUAUGGAAUAUUUGCGAGGACUCGGGCGAGGCUGAGGGAUCGUAUACUGACGUCUCAAAGUCGGAAAUACUCUACAUCCUGCAGAUUGUUGAAGGGAAUUCUGAUCCUACUACGCCCAAGAGCGAGGGAGGAUCUAGCCCCCAGCUCAGGUAGUGGGUCCCUGGCAUGCACCACCUACCCGCUCCCCCUGCUUCUCUCAGGCCUCCAGGACACAACCACUACCAGUGAGAGAGCAAGAGGAGGGCCCGUUGAGCCGUCUCCAUGGCGCUGGUCCAGCCCCCGCCUGCCGCGCCCAGUGAGCGUCGCCCGGCGGCAGCCCCCCCCUCACCCCCCACCCCCGACAGCACCAUGGGCUCCGUCAGCAGCCUCAUCACCAGCCGCACCGCCUUCCCCUCCCGACCCGGUCCGGAGGUCACCAGGGUCACCCCUCGGCACCAUAGGCCCGCGCCCGGCGCCGGCCGCUACCAUCCUCAAGACAUUUCCCAUGCGCCUUUGCUGGCCGUGAGUGCCACGCCUGGGAAGAGGCAGCCACUGGUGCCGUCGGGGCAGACGCAGACACACAGGCACCGGACCUACCUGAGUGACGACUUCCCCGGCGAGGACUGGGAGGAGAGACAUGCCCCGGCCCCACCCAGCCCAGGAAGUGACCUAGAGGAAGUGGGGGGGAGGCAGGCCAGGGGCGGGAGCGAUGGAGCACCUCCCCGUCUCGUCCCCGAGUCCGGGAAACUGGAGAGGAACAUUGAGAAGGCCAUCAUCAGACCCACUGCCUUUAAACCCGUUGUGCCCAAGAGCCGCAGCAACAUGCAUUACCUCUCCCCGCGGCCAGGGGACGCUCUCUCGAACAGCCAGGGCAACCUGAACCUGCUGGCGCCAUGCCCUAGCGAGCUGGCGCCCUCUGCGGGCUCCUCAGAGCGCCGCAGCUCCUACAGUGGCAGCCGGAACGGCCUCAUGAGCCAGUCGUGCUCGUUCUCGCUCUCUGACUCUGGGCGGAACUCCCUCUCCAGCCUCCCCACCUGCAACAGCGGCGGCGGCGGUGGUGUCGCCUACAGCCCGGGCCAGAGCGACGUCUCCGGACACCCCAUGUCCGACCCGGUCAAGCUGACCUCCAUGGCCCCCCCGCCACCGCCCCCGCCCCCCAUCAGCCACGGGCACACAAGUUCGGACAGCGGACGUUCGUCGUCCAGUAAGAGCACGGGCUCUCUGACGGGCAUGGGGGUGCGUGGCGGUGGGGGCGGGGGUGUCGGGGUGCCCCUGUCGGACUGCGGCUCCUGUGGGAGAUCGCCCUCCCAGGCCGAGGCGUACGAGCACAUGGUCCGAGACCUGGAGGAGAAGCUGCGGGAGAGGGACCUGGAGCUGCAUGAUCUCCGAGACAACCUGGACGAGAACGAGGUGGCCAUAUGCCAGGUGUACGAGGAGAAGCAGAAGCGCUGCGAGCUGGAGAUGGAGGAGCUGCGGCAGAGCUGCGCCUCGCGCAUGCAGCAGGCCUCGCAGAAGGCGCAGCGGGGGCAGCAGCUGCUGCAGCUGCAGAUCUUCCAGCUGCAGCAGGACAAGAAGAAGCUGCAGGAGGACUUCGGCCACGUCCUGCAGGAGCGCGAGCAGCUGGAGGAGCGCUGCACCGCCUACGAGAGGGAGAAGACCCAGCUGGGCCCGCGCCUCGAGGAGACCAAGUGGGAGGUGUGUCAGAAGUCGGGGGAGAUCUCCCUGCUGAAGCAGCAGCUGAAGGACCUGCAGGCGGAGCUGGCGCAGCGGGUGGGUGAGGUGAUGACGCUGCGGGGCCAGCUGCGGGAGGCGCGGGCGGAGCGCGAGGGAGCCCAGGCGCAGCUGCAGGAGGCGCAGGGCUCCGCCCGCACGCGGCAGCUCGAGCUGGAGGUGUGCGAGAACGAGCUGCAGCGCCGCAAGAGCGAGGCCGAGCUCCUCCGACAGAAACUCGCCCGGCUCAACGAGGAGCUGGUCGCCCUCAAGGAGGCGCAGCAGGAAGCAGAGGAAGAGGAGGAGACGCGCAGAGCAGGAGCAGCUGGGUCAGUGGGUGGAGCCUCUGGGGAGGCGUGGCAGCAGCAGAGCGAGCGCCUGAGGGCGGAGCUUGCGUCCGAGCGGCAGCACCAGGGGGAGCAGGUGUCGGCCUUCGAGGGGGAGCGGCGCAGCUGGGAGGAGGAGAAGGAGAAAGUCAUUCGCUACCAGAAGCAGCUGCAGCAGAACUACGUGCAGAUGUACCGCCGCAACCGACAGCUAGAGGGCGCCCUGCGCGACCUCAGUAUGGAGCUGGAGGCCCGCGAGCUGGAUGACGAUGAGGGCAGCGGGAACGAGAUCAACUUUGACGACGUCACGGCGACCGAGAUCUGAACGCCGCCGCCGUCUAUCUGACUGUCACCUUGUCUUCCCUCGACCGCUUUAACACUUUAACACUUUUUUGGCUAGGUUUAAUCUCUUUACUCUAUUCCCCUCACAAACACACACACACACACACACACACACACCCUCUCACUUUCUUUCACUCACUCACCAUCCCCAUCAUAGUGUGCUGGUUCUGUGUUGUAGGCCAUCAGGGUUUAACUGAUAUGGGGUGUAGCAUCAGUCCUGCAGAAUGAUGGUAUCUGAACCCAAAGGCGAGGUAGACAGGAUGGAGUGUGCGUGCGUGCGUGUGUGUGUGUGUGUGUGUGUGCGUGCGUGUGUGUGUGUGCGUGCGUGCGUGCGUUUGCCUCAAACAAGUGCUGCAGGACAUAGUCCUUCUUUGCCCCGAUAGCUACAACCCUCUGCACUUAAUACUGUUUGGACUAGUUUCAUGGUCCUAGAGACCAACCACGUUUAGGACUGCACUCACAUACUUUACAGUUCUUCAGAGACAGCAGAACUUAGUCUAGGACUAGGCCUAGUGGUGUUUCAAAGGUUUAACAUCCUUUUGCACAUAGCCAUUAGUGUGUCUCACACACACACACACACACACUUUUUUCCACACACGUAAAUGCACAUAGUGACCGCUGAGGAUUCGUUCUGCUUUAAUGAAGGGCUUCUGUGAGAGAGAUGCCUAUGUCAGUGCAUUACAGAGUAAACCAUUCUGCUCAGUCUUCCUGCGUUCAGUGUGGUUAUGAUGACCAUUAGCUUACCACGAAGAGCACGUUGCCUUGCAAACAAUGAGGGCUCUCCUAUACUCGAGUCGGCUGAUGUGGAUGUGAAUAACACAAUGCCGUGUCCCUAGGAUUUAGACAUAGGAUAAUGCGAAACGUCUUCAGUUUAAGUUUUGGGCGACAGUCUAUUAGGUAAACUUUCAUUAGUAUUUCACCAUCACCACAGCAGAAUUUGUUGAACUGCUUAAUUGCAGGAUUUUUCUUUUUUUCCCCCAACUUCGAAGAGAAAUAACGUCCUCUUGAACACACAUUCUGCAUGUGUAAUUGUUAAUUUCUCACUUUGGGGAAAAAGGGUUCUCUUAAAAGAUUAAGUGGGAAUUGGAUGCCCUGUUUUAGUCAUCCUAAGUUAGUUUGUUUCGACCCGAAAGCGACCAAGACCGUUUCCGAUCUCAAACGACUGUUGGCGGAGCAGCAUCUCACGGAUAUCUCGCCCUUCGCUAAUGACAAUGAGAAUGUGUAUAUUUACACCUUAUGACAAAGUAAAUAUAUAAAUAAAUGUUUAUAAAGAUAUGCUAGAUUUCUUAAAUGAAAAUUGUAUAUAGAGAUAGGGUAGUCACUGUGAAUAGACCAAGGCAUUGUCACAGCUACUGUUCUAAGGAUCUGUUGUUUUUAAUUUGUUUGUUUUUCUGUUGUUUUUUUUUGCAAGUGAAUGUGAUUCAUGGCUUUAUAUUAUAAUUUUUUUAUUCACAGUAUUUGUACGAAGUCAUUAUAAUGUAUAUUUUUCAUGUUGUAAAUUUCUUCUACCAACCAAAUUUUUGUUUUAAUAAAAAAAAAACAUUGCAUAAAUA